CUGAAGGGGAACUUGGCUGCUCCCUCCCUGGGGUUCAAGAGGAAGGAGGGCUGGACCGUGGCAGCCCCCAAUGGAAAGCCGGUCCCCGUGCCCCGCCAGCCCCUUCGUGGCCGCAGUGCUCCUGGCGCUGUUCCCAUCACCCUGGACCUCGCGGCUAGCAGGAGGACAAUGGGUGACCCACAUCGGCCCCCCCAUCAUGGUUUCCCUGGCCAACACACCGGUCUCACUGCACUGCAGAUUCACUUACCCAUUCACCCUCAAGCUCAAGGACUUCACAUUCAGGUACUCUUACAUGGAUCUCCAGGGCCGCACCAGCUCUGAGAAGCCACUCACCUGCCAACCCGUGCCAUCCAAAGACAAUCAGACCCACAUCCUGGAGUGCCGCGUCACCACCAGGCUGCCCAAUGCGUCAGCCACUGGCACCUACUACUGCUCUGUCCGUUGGGCAGGCUUCGCUGUGCAUGGUGAAGGCACCUUCAUCUUGGUCAGAGACUCAGGGUACCAGGAACCUCCACAGAGCCCCCAGAAGGCACUGCUCUUCAGCUUCACUGGCCUCCUGACUGCCCUGAGUGUCUUGGGCACGGUGCUGCUCCUGCUGCUCUGGAAGAAGAAACAGAUGCAGGUGCCAGGGAAGCGUUCAGAUGCAAGACCAGCCGGCGCCCCCAAGCAGCCAGUAGCUGAAUCCGUCUACACGGCCCUGCAGCGCCGGGAGACCGAGGUUUAUGCCUGCAUUGAGCAGGAGGCCUGCAGUUCACCCUUCUCCUGGAGCCCCGUUUCCCAGGGGACAUCGCAUAGAACAGAGGAUGACGGCAAAUUCAACCAGGUCUAUGAGAAUCUUUAGAAUGCAAUCACCAGCUGGGGGUCCUGUCCUGGCUCAGAGCAGCCUUGCCCCCAGAGGACUUGCUCUGAGCCAGCCCCAGGUCCAAGGCCCCAGGGGUGGCAGCCAAACACUUACCUUCACAGCAGCGGCCUUCCAGCACCUUCCACACCAGGCUCUUCCAUUGCUCCACGGGCCCAGCCAGAAAAAGUGCUACUUUCCGCUUGUUCCUGGAGCCCUCCUGCCCCCGCUCAUAUCCCGCACAGCGGUGCCCGUGGCUCUCUCAUUGCCUGCCUCACAGCCAGCUGUCUUGGCAGAUCCACAGAUGCCCAGCAACUACCCAGCAGAGGUCCCUCAUCUGCUGUGUGCAGGAAGGAGCACCGAGGUGGGGACAAGUGAAGGAGUGACCCAGCGGCCAGGCUGAAAGUACAUAUGGCCACUGCAGGGUAGGCGGUGGGGCGGGAAGGGAGGAGUUGGGGUGGCCAAGAAGGGGUUGGACUGGGCCCAGAGACUGAUGUGGGAGCCCUGGCUCAGUGCUGGGAGCCUAAGGGCAGGGAGGUAGAGAGGCAGGGGUGGUGGGAUGGGAAGGGAGUUGGCUAGACAGGACCUGAAGCCGUACCCCCCACUACACUUGCCUCUCCUCUUGUGGCCCAGCUGUGCCUCCUCCUUCUGUCCAAGUUCCUGCCCUCUGAGUGUCCUGACUGGGUCACCUGGGCCUUUCUCCUGUCCUCUCCGUCCUUCCUGCCUUAGAUCCCGCCCCUGGCUCCCUGGAGCCAUGCCCAUGACAGCUGCUUCCCUCCCCUUGUGGUCCAGCUGUGUGACAUGGUGCCUGGAUGGGAGAUGGGGCCCUCUGGGUGACAGAAGCCCAGGGUGCCUGUGCACAGGGAUUCCCCUGUGCCUAGCCCUAAGCCAUGGCUGCUCCAUGUGUUCCCAUCAGCACUCGUGUCACCCAGGGACAGCCUGUGGUGUGAGCAGAAACUUCUCCAGGCAGACAGCUCGGGGUCCCCACCACCCAGGCAGAGGGCUGUGUGCUCUGCUUAGCGUUUCUCCCCGGCCUGGGGCUUUCUUGGUGUCUGUGUGCUCAUUUGUGCCAUGGGCUGGUCAGAACUUCCUCCGACUGCCCCUAACUGUCCUUGUAACUCCAACCCCAGAUAUACUCAGAUAUACUCAGGGAGUGUGGGGGCACCUGAAUGUGAGCCACAGUCCCAGUCCCUAGGCAACCUUGGGGCCCCCAGCUCCUGGGCUGCAGGUGGCACCCUGAGUUCUACUUGUAGGUCAGGAGAGAAGGGCUAGGGGUGGAGAGUGGCACAGGCUGACCUUAAGUCCCCAGGCCCUCUGCUAAGGUGGACGGGCCUUUCUGGACCUUGCUGGGCCUCCCAGCACACAUAGCCAGGUGGGCUCUUAGUGCCUUCCCCACAAGAAGCCAGGGUUAAUGAACUCCAUGCAGCAGGCUCCUGACUCCUAUUACCUGAAGCAGGGAGUGGGCAGUGGCCGGCUGUGAGGAUCCCCGGAGAGCAGGAGCCAGAAAGACCAGGGGUGCCCACCUCACUAGCCCCUCCUCCUGGGCCUUUACAGGGACCCUGGGCCAGGCCCCAACCACAGCAGUCUCUCUGGAGCCCCUGUCCCCAGUCUCCUCUAUGCCAAGUGACUGAGGAAUCACAAUAAAACUGCCUUUGGAUCUUG